AUGGCCGCCCCGGCAGAGGACGCCGCCGCCGAUGCGGUCGACCAGCUCAGCCUGGAGUACAACCCGAGCAACCGUCUGGGAUUUUACCAGAAGCGUAUAGCCCUUUUUGAGCAGUUUUAUGAGCGGGAGCAGCAGCGGGUGGAGGAGGCGCGCAAGGCCGCGGUCCCGAUCAAGGUAGUGCUGCCUGACGGGGCCAUCAAGGAGGCGAUCAAGGGGGCAACCACCCCUUUGGAUGUUGCCAAUGAGAUCUCCAAGAGCCUGGGCAAGAAGGUGCUCGUCGCUACGGUGGACGGCGAGGUCUGGGAUGCGUUCAGGCCGCUGGAGGCCGAUUGUGCCCUGCAGCUGCUGACCUGGGAUGAACCAGAUGGCAAGGAGACCUUCUGGCACAGCAGCGCGCACGUGCUGGGCGAGGCGCUGGAGAUGGAGUUUGGCGUGGACCUGACGAUUGGCCCUGCGCUUGAGGAGGGCUUCUACUAUGACUGCUACAUGGGAGACAAGACGCUGGCCGAGGCGGAGCGGCCUUCGAUUGAGAAGCGCAUGGAGGCGGCGGUCAAGGAGGGGCAGCGGUUCCAGCGCGUGGUGGUGUCGCGGGCCGAGGCGCUCAGCAUGUUCACCGAGAACAAGUUCAAGGCGGAUGGGUCUCUGAUUGACGCGGGGAAGCCCUGGGCAGGCAUACAGGUGUUGGAUCGCUUCAUGGCAGCGGGAGCACUUGCGGGGGCAGUCACGUGGUGCGAGAUCAUCCAGGGCCUGCCCGAGGACGCGACCAUCUCCCUCUACCGCUGCGGCCCAAUGGCCGUGGCCGUGACCAACGCUAGCCGGGCGUUCUGGCGGGCGGACGUCAACAAGGAGCCGCUGCAGCGUGUGUAUGCCAUCACGUUCCCGGACAAGGCCCUCCUGAAGGACUACCAGCACCGCAUGGAGGAGGCGAAGAAGCGCGACCACAGGAAUGUCGGCGUGCAGCAGGAGCUGUUCUUCUUCCACCAGCUGUCCCCAGGCAGCGCGUUCUUCCAGCCGUGCGGCGCGCGCGUGUACAACGCACUGGUGGCCAUGAUUCGCGAGAAGUACUGGGAGUACGAGUACGAGGAGGUGGUGACCCCCAACGUGUUCAACUUUGACCUGUGGCACACCAGCGGCCACGCGGACCACUACCGCGAGAACAUGUUCUCGUUCGACGUGGAGAAGGCGGAGUUCGGCCUCAAGCCCAUGAACUGCCCGGGGCACUGUGUCAUGUUCGCCAACAGGGCGCGAAGCUACAGGGAGCUGCCCCUGCGCUACGCGGAGUGGGGGGUGCUGCACCGCAACGAGUACAGCGGGGCGCUCAGCGGACUCACGCGCGUGCGGCGGUUCGUGCAGGACGACGCACACAUCUUCUGCCGACCGGACCAGGUGAUGGCUGAGGUGCAGUCGUUUUUGAAGAUGCUGGGUGAGGUCUACGGCACCUUUGGCCUCGACUACAGCAUGGCCCUCUCCACCAGGCCCGAGGGCUAUCUGGGCGAGCUGGCGACGUGGGACAAGGCAGAGGCGGCGCUGACCGAGGCGCUCAACAGCACGGGGCUGCAGUGGACCAUCAACGAGGCCGACGGCGCGUUCUACGGCCCCAAGAUCGACAUCACCGUAUACGACGCCCUGCGGCGCAAGUUCCAGUGCGCGACCGUGCAGCUGGACUUCCAGAUGCCCAUCAGGUUCAACCUGUCUUACGCGACCGACAGCGGCAGCGAGCGCCCCGUCAUCGUGCACCGCGCCGUGCUGGGCAGCGUGGAGCGCAUGUACGCCAUCCUCACGGAGCACUACGCGGGCAAGUGGCCGCUGUGGCUCAGCCCGCGGCAGGUGAUGAUCGUGCCCAUCAGCGAGAAGGUCUACGCAUACGCAGACCAGAUCCGCAGCAAGUGCCGCAAGGCCGGCCUGUUUGCAGACUCGGACGCCAGCGACCGCAAGAUGCAGAAAAAGGCGAGUACCCGUGUGGCCCUGUCCCCAAACUAA